CGACGUCGAUACCACGCCCCCGACUCGACAACAACAGCUGAGGCCACGUCAUUUCUGCCAUCUUCGCAUUUCGGACACCGACAGCCGUCGACAUGAACAUUUUUCGGCUACUCGGCGACAUUUCGCAUCUGCUAGCCAUCAUAAUUCUGCUGCGCAAGAUAUGGAUGUCCAGGUCAUGUGCAGGCAUCAGUGGGAAAAGUCAAUUGCUUUUCGGCUUGGUGUACACGACCAGGUAUCUCGAUCUCAUCACCUCCUACAUUUCCCUCUACAACUCGGUGAUGAAAGUGGUCUUUUUGGCUGCCUCGUAUGCGACCAUCUACUUGAUGUAUGUCAAAUUCAAGGCUACAUAUGACCACAACCACGACACAUUCAGGAUUGAAUUCCUUGUAGUCCCUGCUGUCGCACUUGCUCUUUUGAUCAACCAUGACUUCCAAGUUGUGGAGAUCCUGUGGACUUUCUCUAUCUACCUUGAGUCAGUAGCCAUUCUGCCCCAGUUGUUCAUGGUGUCCAAGACAGGCGAAGCCGAGAGCAUCACAUCACACUACCUGUUUGCACUGGGUGUGUACCGAGGACUGUACCUCCUCAAUUGGAUCUACCGCUUUUGGGCUGAAGAUCAUUAUGACCUUAUUGCAAUUGUGGCUGGAGUUGUUCAGACAGUGCUCUACUGCGAUUUCUUUUAUCUCUACAUCACAAAGGUGUUACGAGGCAAGAAGCUGCAGUUACCAGCUUAAGCAUGAGAGUCAAGAGGGUUUGGACUAGGUGCUUCAAGAGGUUAUCACCUUUAGUCCCCAAUUGCCAAUUAAAACCAAGCCCAGCAAACCUUGCAAUUGAAUUGAUACACUUUAAUUAAUAAAUUGUCAGGCGCACUAGAUAAGAUUAUAGCAUAACUUGAGCAGGUUGUUCACUUCUUUCAAUUUUAGUAUGCACGUCUUCUGUCAUAAAUAAUUAUUCUGUUUUUGGAAGUCGGCCAUCAAUGCACACUGUGCAUCCUGUGAUGCGGCCAGUCUUGAUAAGAAGUUCAGCGCCAUUCUAGCAAUAUUUUGUAGAAACUUCAACUCAGAAGAUUGAAAUGGGGUAAAUGGUUUCCUUUUGUCAACCCAGAGGAAAUUCUACCGUAAAAUCUGUUGGGUUUGUUUUUAUGUGACCAACUGAAAAAUGGCUGGCAUAUUGUUUCAAUUGUACUUUCCAUACUGUCUUCUUUAUCUUAUUCUUGUGUUAAGUGGACUAUGAGCAAUUGCGAGAGCAUGGUUAUAUAGCUAUGGAAUGAAUGUCAAAAUAAAAGUGAGAGACAUAAGCAAGUUUUGUUGAAAUGUCUGCGUUUGAGUGUAAGCGUGAGUUUGUUAUAAUCAUCUACCAAAUAAAAAGGGACGUCUAUGUUGUGUAAGUCAUCAACAAGUAAAGCUUUUAAAAUAAUA